AUGCCUAGAACACCCGACUCAGAAGACACCCCCAUGCUACCUCUCCCCGGAUCCCCGUCAUCCUCAUGGGCCCGAUUUCGAGAGCGACUCGGAGCCUUGUUCAGCGGUGCUGACCCCAGAGUUUGCGUCGCGUUCUGGCUCUUCGGUUUAAUCAACAAUGUUCUCUACGUCAUCAUCCUAUCGGCUGCCCUUGACCUAGUUGGUCCCAAUGUGCCCAAAGGCGUCGUCCUCCUCGCAGACGUGAUCCCCUCGUUCGGAACCAAGCUCAUCGCCCCGUACUUCAUCCAUGUCGUACCAUACUCCGUACGAGUCGUAAUCUUCGUGGCCAUCUCCGCGAUUGGCAUGCUCUUGGUGGCGCUGAGCCCGGAAUAUACGGAUGGAGGUUCGCUUUCCACAAAAUUGGCGGGAAUCGUGCUGGCUAGCUUGUCUAGUGGAGCUGGGGAGCUGAGUUUCCUGGGCUUGACACACUUUUAUGGUCCCUUCAGUCUGGCCGCCUGGGGAAGUGGGACCGGGGCUGCUGGACUGAUGGGAGCUGGUGCGUAUGCACUGGCGACUACUUCGCUUGGACUCGGCGUUAAGGCUACCCUUUUGGCGUCGGCUUGCUUGCCGGCGGUGAUGCUGGUCAGCUUCUUCACUGUCCUUCCCCGGUCUCAGGUUCAUCUGUCAUCGCGAACCUCCGCUGGAUAUCGCGCCGUGGAGGACCGGGAUGUGGUGGACGACGAACGUGGACUGGACGACGACCGUGAGGUUGCUGUCGACGAAAGGGAAACGCUUCUAGGCUCAUCUUUGGACUCGGGCGAUAGUCAAAAAGCGAAACCAUCGGGCAAUGGUGGCAUUCGGUGGCACAGUGUCAAGGCGAACUUACAGCGAGCCAAGGGGCUCUUCUUUCCGUUCAUGCUCCCCCUCCUGCUGGUCUACGUUGCAGAGUACACGAUCAACCAAGGCGUAUCUCCGACUCUGCUAUUCCCUCUCGAAGAAACCCCGUUCGCCCAUUUCCGUGCUUUCUACCCAGCCUAUAACGCAAUCUAUCAAGUUGGAGUAUUUAUCUCCCGGUCCUCAACCCCAUUCUUCCGCAUCCAUAAUCUAUAUCUCCCUUCGUUCCUGCAGGUGAUCAAUCUUGCUAUCCUGUCGCUCCACGCUUUAUUCAACACCAUUCCCAGCGUGUACCUUGUCUUCGCCAUCAUCUUCUGGGAGGGACUUUUGGGCGGACUGGUUUACGUCAACACAUUUGCCGAGAUCGGCGACCGCGUACCCAAAGAGGAUCGAGAGUUCUCGCUGGGCGCGACGACGGUUAGUGACUCUGGCGAUCACGUCUUAGGACGGCCGUCGACCAAGUUUCGCAAGAUCCAGGUCUUCGCUGUCUUUCUGUUCUGGUCUACCUAUCUGCUUAGAGGGAACAAGCAUGGUCCCCCGGUGAUACGAAAGCUCUCGUCCCGUCUCUCCCAGAAACUGAGUGUCUGGCAAACCACGGUAUUCGUUUUCCUAUGGCUUUACAUCUGUCGAAACUUUGCGAAGAUCGUGGGCUUGGAGUGUCCGGAACCCUUGUCCAAUUUAUACUCGCGUUCGUUCUUCCGGGCAACAUGGAUUGCCACGGCUCUGGAUGCCGGGUUCUGGACGGCUAUGAACGUCAAGCCGAAAUGGCUGCGAGAUAUCUCCUCGUUAGUCUUCACGGGCUACUAUCUGUUUGCGGCAGAGCAGGCCGAUGAGAAGGUCCGUCGGGUUCGAGCCACCCUGACGGUAGAGCACCUGCGAGUCUCUUGGAACAAGGCUACCACGCCGUAUCUCUGGGCUUUGGCGAGUAUCAUGCGACCACGACUUACCAGAUAUUCGCCGCGUGCAAUCCGGAUCCCUCGUCCGGGACAGUCUUCGUACACCGAGCCAACGAAUGCAUGGCUUUACUUUGAUGGACCGUUGAGUUCACUGCGCGACCAGACCUGCAUUAUUCUCGAUAUCCCGGGUGGUGGGUACGUGGCUAUGAGCCCUCGGUCUUCGGAGGACCGACUACUUGCGUGGGCAGGAAAGACCAAAAUCCCGAUUCUCAGCCUGGACUAUAAAAAAGCGCCAGAGUAUCCUUAUCCGUAUGCUCUCAACGAGUGUUACGAUGUCUAUCACAUGAUUGUCUCUACUCGCGGCCGUUGCGUGGGACUGAGCGGGCAAACGCGUCCACGAAUUGUCUUGACCGGCGACAGUGCCGGCGCGAACCUCGCUGUAGGGACAACACUCAUGGCUCUCCAGUCUGGAGGCCCGAACGCUCCUCGGUGGCAGGGCGACAAUAUCCUGCCGCGCCCUGAUGGCUUGGUUCUGGCAUACCCGACGCUGAGCAUGAAGGUUGAAAGCUGGAUGACGGAGGAACAGAUGUCUUUAAUCCAGGAGAAAAGCACACGCCGGACUAACCAGAGUGUCCUGCAGCGGAAGAACAUGGACUACCAGCGAUUAACACCGUUCACCUCCCCCGGUCCCUCUGUCAGCGACUUUCGAACCAGUCCUUUAUCUGAUGGCGAGGCAGAAGCGGAUGGGGUCGUGAAGGAAGCUUCAAAGAUAAUCGAGGAGGAGUUGGCCCAAGAUAGCAUCGCGGCCCAGGCCGUUGAGAUGGCCGAGAGUCAGCCGAAGCAGAUCCGAACGCGGUUGGCUGUCUCUUCGAUGAUCUCAUACGUCCACGACCGCAUGUUGACACCCGAGAUCAUGAGGGCCUUGAUCAUCUUAUACAUCGGUCCUCACAACCGCCCUGACUUCGGUACCGACUUUCUUCUGUCCCCCGUCCUUGCGCCAGACGCCCUGCUUUCCCGUUUCCCGAAGACAUAUUUCAUUACCGGGGAACGGGACCCCUUAGUUGACGACACCGUGAUCUUUGCCGGUCGACUACGGCAGGCGAAGUUGCAUCAGUUCCGCGAGCGUCAAGAGUUGGGUCUAGAAAAGUCAUGGCGCACCUUCAAAGAAAAGGACCACGUCGAGGUAUCUUUGUUGCCCGGGGUGUCGCACGGCUUCCUCCAGAUGGCGGGAUUCUUCCCGGAGAGCUGGAAGCACAUCAAUCGAUGCGCCUCGUGGAUCCAGGAUCUGUUUGAAGCGGCCGAAAGAAAGAAGGCCUCGCCCAGUUUCCCCCAAUCCUUGAUCGAUACCUCCAGUUUGCACAAGACGCCGAGCAAAGCAAAUAGCAACAAAGAACGGAGCCGCAAUCACAAGCGAAGUCUGACGGGCGAAUCCUCAGCCGACGAGGAUAAACCGUUGGAGAUGAGCAUCGGCAAGAUGACACCUCUCAACCCGGGCGAGAGCCAUCCUGGUCACACUCGCAUUCAGCGAUCCUUCAGCAGUGGCGCCCAGCUGAUCAGCCAAGGGAUUCAUUCCGACAAUGAGGUUCCCCGGUCCCGAAGCGUCUCGAGAGGACGCACCCCGCGGCCCAGCGGACUCGCGAGAAAACGGCGGUUUGCGCCUACAUCCCUGAAAAUGCCCAGCGUGAACGGGUACACGUCCGACGGAGCGGAAAGCCCGGCGUACUUUCGACGCAGGGAAGGCAGCAUGGACAGUCUCUCCAGCGAGGAGGAUCUGCUUCACCGCCGAAUGACUGGGAUUGCGGGAGGAUUGAUGGGGAUUGGCGAGAGAGCGCAAACCCCGUAA